UAUUCGCAGAAUAUUCUGAAAGCAGAAGUAACGCCGACUGCUUUGGAAUAAAUUUAGUAUUAUUCACUAAUCAAAGAAUUGUCAUCACUUUAUUUAGUCUCGAGUUAUAUAAAACAAUGUUAAGACAUUCAAAAAAGUUUUUACUAGGCGGGUUUCUAGGCCUUUUCUCUGGAGAAGAUGAUCCUUACACAGUAACCGAGCAGAUGAUGAAAGAGCGAAUCAAAGAAUUUGAGGAAUCAAUGCCCACAGAUCCUUGGGAACGGGUCAAGUUUGGUCUUCUUCAUAAAGACAAAUAUGGAGAAAGAGGACCCGUUUUUCAAAACUUAUAUCAAGGCUCUGUUUGUUCUGUGAUUCUUGGUGCAUUUUAUGGUGGCAUUAAAAAAGCUCAUGUGGCUCACAUGGACUUCAUGCGGACAAAUCAGGCAACAGCGUUCCUCACACAUCUUGAUGCCAAGAAAAGACUGCAAGACAGAAUGAUGGUUUCAUUUCUAUCGGGAGCGGCACAACUUGGCUGGCGUACCGGACUUUUCACAUUCAUGUUUAUUGGGGUUUCAAAUUCAAUUGCACUUUAUCGAAAUAAAGAUGGUAUAUUAGAGUAUGCUAUUGGUGGUGCUGUUGCUGGAGCAUCUUACAGAAUGUUUAUAGGACUCCGUCAGACUAUUGUUGGUGGCAUUUUAGGUCUUGGGUUUGGUGCCUCAGCUGGUGUGGUAUCCAAAACUAUCUUGUAUUUAACUGGCUGCUCUAUGACCGAAGUGAGACAUGCACAAUAUUCACUUUAUAUACACAGAGAGAGUCAAGACAAAAGAGCAAAUGAUUUAGCUGCAAGAGACGUGCUUACAUUGGAAGAGAAAUCUGAAAUGGUUCAGAAAAUAGAAAGUGAUGAAAAAGCCAAGAGAAUAGAAGAUAAUUUGGAGAAUGUAUGAAGAAGCUUCUGCAUCAUUCUUAAUCAAAUAUUAAAGUCUACCAUAGGAUAAAUUACCUCCACUAUCAGUUUUUUCCUUUUUUUAUGAAAGAUUUAAUCAGCA